UUGCCAGCCCAGCCCUGGUUCGGCGAGCUUGUAUCUGCCACUGCCGCCGCCGCCGCCGGCGUGCAGCUCUCUGCAGCCCGCCGAGCGUUCUCUGCGACUCUUGGUGGGGAGCAAGGUUCUCUCUCCUCCCGCGAUGUCCGGCCGAGGGAAAUCGGGAGGCAAAGUCCGGGCCAAGGCCAAAUCGCGCUCGUCCCGCGCGGGGCUGCAGUUCCCCGUGGGCCGCGUCCACCGGCUCCUGCGCAAGGGCAACUACGCGGAGCGCGUGGGGGCGGGCGCGCCCGUCUACCUGGCGGCGGUGCUGGAGUACCUGUCGGCCGAGAUCCUGGAGCUGGCGGGCAACGCGGCCCGCGACAACAAGAAGACGCGCAUCAUCCCGAGGCACCUGCAGCUGGCCAUCCGUAACGACGAGGAACUCAACAAGCUGCUGGGCGGCGUGACCAUCGCCCAGGGCGGCGUCCUGCCCAACAUCCAAGCUGUGCUGCUGCCCAAGAAGACCCAGAGCUCCAAGAAGUGAGACGCGGCACUCGGGGGGAGACGCAGCCGGGAGGUGGGAGCCCAGCACCCCAGGGACCUGCUCUCGGAGCUGCCUGCAUCCAUUUGGCUCUUGGGCCCGAGUGGGAGGAAUGGGCCAGGCCGGGGUGGGCUCUGGUUUGAGGCCCCGAGUCUAGACUGCUGGACUGCGUCCUCCGGGGCGCCCAUCGCUAGGGGCUGCGGUGCCGAGAUGUCUACCUCUCCUCUCCUCCCCUCCCCAGUGGCUGAGCUCGCCCCGGAGCUGACCCACGAUGUGCACGGGAGGGGACCGGUUGGGACUGGACUGGAUGGGACGGGAUGGGAGAGGUGGUCCCUCCCCUAUACUUUUUUUUCCCUUAAAAGAAGCUCUUUUGGAGCUCCCUAUAUUUAUUUCCUGUUGAUGGGUGGAAUCUGUGUUUAUUUAUUUAACUUGUACGGGUGGGGUCACUUG